GAGGGGACGGAAGGGUAAUAGGAAUGUACGGGCGUGAUGAGCUCAACGACAAUGGCAUGCUACUGUUGAACUUCGCAACGGAAAACAGGCUAGCUCUCACGAACACGUUCUUUGAGACACGCAAGGGCGGAAUAUGGCACACAUACAACGGUGUGUCGGGAAACGAUUGCAAGCGCCUUGACUACAUCCUGACAAGGCAGGCACAUCACGGCCGAGUAUCUAACGUGGUCGUCAUCCCCCAGCCGGUUCGCCCAGUCAAAGCAGACUCAGACCACAAUAUGGUAGUAGCCACCGUCAACCUCGGUGGCAGGCUUGCCCACAACCGUGCAGUCCGGACUAAACCGAAACAGAAGCAAUUCAACCGACGGGAAUUGCAGUUCGAAGCAGCACGGUGUGCGGUGACUAAUCGGUUCCUCCUCAACCUCGACACACGACUGGACGAGCGAACAACCACCGCCGCGGAAUUGGCGACCGACUUUACCAAUGCUCUCCUCGACGCAGCGCGGACGACCCUGGGGGAGGAACCGCGGAGACGCCGCACGCAGGAGUGGUGUGAGACCCCAGAGACGCGAGCAGCGCUGGAGCAGACCCUUACCAAACGUCGGGAAGCGCGCCGGGCGAUGAGGGGCAACUGGAACUCAGCGACGCGGACGGUUCUCAAAGCAGCGUGUAAGGGAGUGGCUACAGCAGUCGAAACGGGCAUUUAUGCCCACCUGGACGGAUAUGUGACUGAGCUCGAAGAAAUCUACAAAGAUCGCGACAUGCGAGGACUGUACCAACACCUCAAGAGAUCAGUGGGCCUCAGCGGGAGACAAGCGGGGGGACAGCAGUUCGUCGCGGAUGAGAACGGCGUGUUGCUCCGGAACAGGGACGACAUCCUCCAGCGGUGGGCGAGAUUCUUCAGCACCCUACUCAACACCAAAUCCCCCACCCUGAACCCACACAUAAUCGAACGAGUGACGCAGCGGCCAGCGGCACGUGACACUCGACGGUUGGGAGAUGUGCCACGACUCGAGGAGGUGGCACGGGCAACGAAAGGCCUCAAGAACUGGAAGGCACCCGGCCAUGACUCCCUCCCUGCCGAGUUGCUCAAGAUCGAUGACGACGAACCCUUCGUCCUAGGACACCUCCAUACUAUCCUCGUCAAGGUAUGGAAUGGAGGAGAUAUUCUGCGAGAGUGGAAGGAUGCAACCAUCAAGGUGCUGCACAAGAAGGGUGACCGGUCCAACUGUAACAACUACAGGGGGACUUCGCUACUACCUCACGUAGGCAAGGUUCCCAUCAAGAUCAUCACCAACCGUCUAAGCACCUUCUGCGAAGCCAACAUCCUCCCGGAGGAACAAUGCGGAUUUCGACCCGGGCGAUCCACCGUCGACAUGCUGUUCGUCGUGCGCCGCCUCCAGGAGCUGGGGCGGAGAAAGAAAAUACCGCUCUACAUGUGCUUCGUCGACUUGAACAAGGCGUAUGAUUCGGUGGACCGAGAGAUGCUAUGGAAGGUGCUGGCCGGGGCCGGGAUUCCCGCCAGGCUGAUCGAAGUCAUCCGCCAAUUCCACGAUGGAGAUGCGGGCCCGGGUGCGCAUGGACGACGGAGAACUAUCGGACUGGUUCUUCGUGACACGGGGCGUGCGACAAGGAUGUGUGCUAUCCCCACUGCUGCUCAACAUAUUCUUCGCCGAGGUCCUCGAGGUCGUUGUCAUCCGAUUCAGC